AUGACUGAACUGCAGGCAAAGGAUCCGCGGGCACCCCACGCGUCGGGAGCCGCUCCCUCUCCCACCCACGUCGGGUCCCCCUUGUUUGGACGCUUGGACCCUUGUCCCUUCCAGGGGAACCAGCAGUCGGACGCAUCGUCUGUAGUGUCGCCUAUACCCAUCUCCCUGGACGACAGGCUGCUCUUCCCUCGGCCUUGCCAGGGUCUGGAGCUCGCAGGAGGAAAAGCACAGAACCAGCAAUCGCUGUCCGACGUGGAGGGUGCGUUCCCUGGAGUCGAAGCCACUCGUGAGGCAGGAGGCAGCAAUCCCGCAGCCCCAGAGAAGGACAGCAGACUCUUAGAUAGUGUCUUAGACACACUGCUGGCGCCCUCGGAUACCGAGCAGAGCCACGCCAGCCCUCCAGCCUGUGAGGUCAUCACAUCUUGGUGUCUCUUUGGAUCAGAACUUCCAGAAGACCCCCGCGGUGUCCCUACUACCAAGGAGUUGCUGUCCCCGCUCAUGAACCGGGCAGAGAGCAAGGCUGGCGACAGCUCCAGCACAGGAGCGGGGCAGAAGGUGCUGCCCAAGGGGCUGUCACCACCCAGGCAGCUCCUGCUCCCGACCUCAGGAAGUGCUCAUUGGCCUGGGGCAGGGGUGAAGCCGUCUCCGCAGCCAUCUGCUGUGGAGGUGGAGGAGGACUGUGACCUAGAGACUGAGGGCUCCGCAGGUCCGCUUCUGAAGAGCAAACCUCGGGCAUUAGAAGGCACGGGCAGUGGAGGAGGAGUUGCAACCAGCGCGCCCGCAGCGGCUCCAGGAGGCGUCACCCUGGGUCCCAAGGAAGAUUCCCGAUUUUCUGCUCCCAGAAUCUCCUUGGAGCAAGACGCUUCCGUGGCGCCCGGGCGCUCCCCACUGGCCACCACAGUGGUGGAUUUCAUCCACGUGCCCAUCCUGCCUCUCAACCACGCUCUCCUGGCUGCCCGCACCCGGCAGCUGCUGGAGGGGGACAGCUACGACGCCGGGACCUCAGCCCAGGGCUCAUUUGCCCCGCCUCGAGGCUCGCCCUCCACACCAUCCACGCCGGUGCCCUGCGGCGACUUCCCAGACUGCACCUACCCGCAGGACGGCGACCCCAAAGAGGACGCGUUUCCUCUUUAUGGCGACUUCCAGCCACCAGGCUUGAAGAUCAAGGAAGAGGAGGAAGGCGCAGAAGCAGCUGCGCGCUCGCCGCGCCCCGCCCGGGUGGCGGGAGCCAGUGCCGCCUCCUACCCAGAUUUCCCACUGGCGCCAGCGCCGCCACGGGCUCACUCCUCCAGGCCCGGAGACUCAGUGGUGGCCGGCGGUCCCGGCAGCUCCGCAGUGUCGCCAGCAUCCUCUUCUGGGUCCCUGCUGGUGUGCAUCCUGUACAAAGCAGAGGGCGCGCCGCCCACGCAGGGCCCGUUCCCGCCGCUACCCUGCAAGCCCUCGGCCGCCGGCUCUUGCCUGCUCCCGCGCGACAGCCUUCCUGCACCCCAGGCCGCCUCGGCAGCCCCCAACAUCUACCCGCCGCUAGGCCUCAAUGGGCUCCCUCAGCUGGGCUACCAGACCACAGUGAUCAAGGACAGCCUGCCCCAAGUCUACCCGCCCUAUCUCAACUACUUGAGGCCAGAUUCGGAAGCCAGCCAGAGCCCACAGUACGGCUUUGAUUCCUUACCUCAGAAGAUCUGUUUAAUCUGUGGGGAUGAAGCAUCUGGCUGUCACUAUGGUGUGCUCACCUGUGGAAGCUGCAAGGUCUUCUUUAAGAGGGCAAUGGAAGGGCAGCAUAACUAUUUAUGUGCUGGAAGAAAUGACUGCAUUGUUGACAAAAUCCGCAGAAAAAACUGCCCAGCAUGUCGCCUGAGAAAGUGCUGUCAGGCUGGCAUGGUCCUUGGAGGUCGGAAGUUUAAGAAGUUCAAUAAAGUCCGAGUUAUGAGAGCCCUCGAUGGUGUUGCUCUCCCUCAGUCAGUGGGCAUUCCUAAUGAGAGCCAGCCCUUAGGCCAGAGAAUCACCUUCUCCCCAAGUCAAGAAAUGCAGCUGAUCCCCCCACUCAUCAACCUGCUCAUGACCAUUGAGCCUGAUGUGAUCUACGCAGGACAUGACAACACAAAACCUGACACGUCCAGCUCUUUGCUGACCAGUCUCAAUCAACUAGGCGAGAGGCAACUGCUUUCAGUAGUCAAAUGGUCUAAGUCACUGCCAGGUUUCCGGAACUUGCAUAUUGAUGACCAGAUAACCCUGAUUCAGUACUCCUGGAUGAGUCUGAUGGUGUUUGGCCUGGGGUGGAGGUCCUACAAGCAUGUCAGUGGGCAGAUGCUAUAUUUUGCACCUGAUCUAAUCCUAAAUGAACAGAGGAUGAAGGAGUCAUCAUUCUAUUCAUUGUGCCUUACCAUGUGGCAAAUCCCACAGGAGUUUGUCAAGCUCCAAGUGACCCAUGAGGAGUUCCUCUGUAUGAAAGUCUUGCUACUUCUUAAUACAAUUCCUUUGGAAGGACUGAGGAGCCAAAGCCAGUUUGAAGAGAUGAGGUCAAGCUAUAUCCGGGAAUUGAUAAAGGCAAUCGGCUUAAGGCAGAAAGGAGUGGUCCCCAGUUCACAGCGCUUCUAUCAACUUACAAAAUUUCUCGACAGCUUGCAUGAUCUUGUGAAACAGCUCCAUCUAUACUGCCUGAAUACAUUCAUCCAGUCUCGGACACUAGCUGUGGAAUUUCCAGAAAUGAUGUCUGAAGUAAUUGCUGCACAGUUACCCAAGAUCUUGGCAGGCAUGGUGAAGCCUCUUCUCUUUCAUAAAAAGUGA